AUGUUAGCAGAGAAAUGGCAGAAAGAAGGUGUUGACCAUGGCCCGAACCUGGAACCAGCCAUGACAAGUGACGAGGGCACCAUGAUAGCAGAAGGUGGACAGCUCCGCCGCGAGUUCAAAGCGCGUCAUGUUUCCAUGCUUGCUGUAGCUGGCGCCAUUGGUACCGGGCUCAUCAUUGGCACGGGAACAGCUUUGGUGCGUGGUGGUCCUGCGAAUCUUCUUAUUGCGUACUGUCUUGUUGGGGCAGUCGUCUUCUUCGUCAUGACGGCCCUAGGAGAGAUGUCUAUCAUGUUCCCCAUGGACAAGGGCUUUGGCGGCUAUGCUACGAGAUUCGUGGAUCCAGCUCUUGGGUAUGCGACCGGGUGGAAUUAUUUCUUUAAAUACGCCAUCAUUCUGCCCAACAACCUUACAGCAGCGGGUAUCAUCAUCCAGUAUUGGAGGCCAGAUCUUAAUGUGGCCAUUUUCGUCACCGUGUUCACAGUGGUGAUCAUCCUGGUCAACCUCCUACACGUAUCCUUCUUCGGAGAAGCCGAGUUCUGGUUAUCCUGCAUCAAGCUCCUGGUUAUGACGACUCUCAUCCUUACAUGCUUCGUCAUCUCAGUCGGCGGUCAACCAUCCGGAAAGAAAAUCGGCUUCUCAUACUGGAACGAUCCUGGAGCUUUCGGCGAGUAUUUGUUGAAAGGACCCAAGGGACAUCUCCUUGGCUUCUGGGCGGCCGUCGUCCAGUCCACCUUUGCUUACACCGGAACAGAAGUCGUUGGUGUCGCAUUUGGCGAAGCACCGAAUCCCAGGAAGACAAUUAGAAAGGCUAUCCGUCAGACUCUCUGGCGCAUUGUUUUCUUCUACAUCAUCGGGGCUAUUGUCUUGGGUAUGGCCGUGCCAUAUACGAGUUCGCAGCUCAUUGGUGGCACAAAGCAGAAGACGGGUGCUGGAGCUAGCCCUUUCGUCAUCGCCGUCCAACUAGCUGGGAUUCCUCACUUCCCUGAUGUUAUAAAUGGGUGUCUUUUGGUCUUUGUUCUCAGCGCUGCGAACUCUGACAUUUACAUCGGCUCUCGCGUUCUUUUUGGCCUGUCUCAUGAUCAUCAGGCUCCAGCUAUCUUCGGCAAGACCACUGGCAACGGUGUUCCUCUGGCUGGUGUCAUAUUUACCAGUUUAUUUGCUGCACUGGCAUAUUUAAACGCGGCCAGGAGCUCCUCUGUGGUAUUUGGAUACCUGGUCAGUCUCGUGACUGUCUUUGGAGCUCUCAACUGGGUCAAUAUCCUUGUCACUUACAUCGGCUUCACGCGUGGCUUAAAGACACAGGGCAUAGACCGAGCUUCAAUGCCUUACCGGGGAAUGUUCCAGCCCUAUGGUGCUUACUUUGCCCUUUCACUUACAAUUCUAAUUAUCAUUUUCAAUGGAUAUGGCGCAUUCAUUCCAACUUUUGACGUUGCCAAAUUUUUAACUUCUUAUAUUGGUGUCGUGGUGUAUUUGGGAAAUAUCGUGUUCUGGAAGGCUUGGAGACGCACGGUGCGUGUGCCGCUACGUGAGAUGGAUUUAGUGACUGGCCGUCUAACAGUCUACUAA